CUGGCUGGCUGGCUGGCUGGCUGGACAGGAAUAGGAGUAGGUUGGCCCCAGAGGCUGAUCUAGGAUCAGUUUUAUAUAUUUGAGUAAGGUUCAGGUUUAAAAAGGUUUGGACUGUAAGCUGAUCUUAGACCAGUGCCCACAGCCAAUUUCUAUCUCGAUUGGCUGUCUGACUGGCUGGCUGACAGGCUGGCUGAUUGGCUGGCUGACUGGCUGGCUGACUGGCUGGCUGACUGGCUGGCUGGCUGAUUGGCUGGCUGGCUGAUUGGCUGGCUGACUACUGCAUGGCUUUGUGAAGCCCAGUAGGGAAUGCAUGGAGGACGGAUCGGUGUUCAAUACGAUACAAUACAAUACAGGUACACCAUACACUACAGGUACAGCAUACAAUACAAUACAGGUACACCAUACAAUACAGGUACAGCAUACAAUACAAUACAGGUACACCAUACAAUACAGGUACAGCAUACAAUACAAUACAGGUACACCCUACAAUACAAUACAGGUACACCAUACAAUACAAUACAGGUACACCCUACAAUACAAUACAGGUACACCCUACAAUACAAUACAGGUACAGCAUACAAUACAAUACAGGUACAGCAUACAAUACAAUACAGGUACACCCUACAAUACAAUACAGGUACAGCAUACAAUACAAUACAAUACAGGUACAGCAUACAAUACGAUACAAUACAGGUACACCAUACAAUACAAUACAGGUACACCAUACAAUACAGAUACACCAUACAAUACAAUACAAUACAGGUACACCAUACAAUACAAUACAGGUACACCAUACAAUACAAUACAAUACAGGUACAGCAUACAAUACGAUACAGGUACAGCAUACAAUACGAUACAGUUACACCCUACAAUACAAUACAGGUACACAAUACAAUACAGAUACACCAUACAAUACAAUACAAUACAGGUACAGCAUACAAUACGAUACAGGUACACCCUACAAUACAAUACAGGUACACCCUACAAUACAAUACAGGUACACCCUACAAUACAAUACAGGUACACCCUACAAUACAAUACAGGUACACCAUACAAUACAAUACAGGUACAGCAUACAAUACGAUACAGGUACACCCUACAAUACAGUACAAUACAGGUACAGCAUACAAUACAAUACAGGUACACCCUACAAUACAAUACAAUACAGGUACAGCAUACAAUACAAUACAGGUACACCCUACAAUACAAUACAGGUACACCAUACAAUACAAUACAGGUACACCAUACAAUACAAUACAGGUACACCCUACAAUAAAAUACAGGUACACCCUACAAUACAAUACAGGUACACCAUACAAUACAAUACAGGUACAGCAUACAAUACGAUACAGGUACACAAUACAAUACAAUACAGGUACACUCUACAAUACAAUACAGGUACACCAUACAAUACAGGUACACCCUACAAUACAAUACAGGUACAGCAUACAAUACAGGUACACCAUACAAUACAGGUACAGCAUACAAUACAGGUACACCAUACAAUACAGGUACAGCAUACAAUACAGGUACACCAUACAAUACAGGUACAGCAUACAAUACAGGUACACCAUACAAUACAGGUACACCCUACAAUACAAUACAGGUACAGCAUACAAUACAGGUACACCAUACAAUACAAUACAGGUACACCAUACAAUACAGGUACACCCUACAAUACAAUACAGGUACACCAUACACUACAGGUACAGCAUACAAUACAAUACAGGUACACCAUACAAUACAGGUACAGCAUACAAUACAAUACAGGUACACCAUACAAUACAGGUACAGCAUACAAUACAAUACAGGUACACCCUACAAUACAAUACAGGUACACCAUACAAUACAAUACAGGUACACCCUACAAUACAAUACAGGUACACCCUACAAUACAAUACAGGUACAGCAUACAAUACAAUACAGGUACAGCAUACAAUACAAUACAGGUACACCCUACAAUACAAUACAGGUACAGCAUACAAUACAAUACAAUACAGGUACAGCAUACAAUACGAUACAAUACAGGUACACCAUACAAUACAAUACAGGUACACCAUACAAUACAGAUACACCAUACAAUACAAUACAAUACAGGUACACCAUACAAUACAAUACAGGUACACCAUACAAUACAAUACAAUACAGGUACAGCAUACAAUACGAUACAGGUACAGCAUACAAUACGAUACAGUUACACCCUACAAUACAAUACAGGUACACAAUACAAUACAGAUACACCAUACAAUACAAUACAAUACAGGUACAGCAUACAAUACGAUACAGGUACACCCUACAAUACAAUACAGGUACACCCUACAAUACAAUACAGGUACACCCUACAAUACAAUACAGGUACACCAUACAAUACAAUACAGGUACAGCAUACAAUACGAUACAGGUACACCCUACAAUACAGUACAAUACAGGUACAGCAUACAAUACAAUACAGGUACACCCUACAAUACAAUACAAUACAGGUACAGCAUACAAUACAAUACAGGUACACCCUACAAUACAAUACAGGUACACCAUACAAUACAAUACAGGUACACCAUACAAUACAAUACAGGUACACCCUACAAUAAAAUACAGGUACACCCUACAAUACAAUACAGGUACACCAUACAAUAUAAUACAGGUACAGCAUACAAUACGAUACAGGUACACAAUACAAUACAAUACAGGUACACUCUACAAUACAAUACAGGUACACCAUACAAUACAGGUACACCCUACAAUACAAUACAGGUACACCAUACAAUACAGGUACACCCUACAAUACAAUACAGGUACAGCAUACAAUACAGGUACACCAUACAAUACAGGUACAGCAUACAAUACAGGUACACCAUACAAUACAGGUACAGCAUACAAUACAGGUACACCAUACAAUACAGGUACAGCAUACAAUACAGGUACACCAUACAAUACAGGUACACCCUACAAUACAAUACAGGUACAGCAUACAAUACAGGUACACCAUACAAUACAAUACAGGUACACCAUACAAUACAGGUACACCCUACAAUACAAUACAGGUACAGCAUACAAUACAGGUACACAAUACAAUACAAUACAGGUACACUCUACAAUACAAUACAGGUACACCAUACAAUACAAUACAGGUACACCAUACAAUACAAUACAGGUACACCCUACAAUACAAUACAGGUACAGCAUACAAUACGAUACAGGUACACCAUACAAUACAAUACAGGUAAAGCAUACAAUACAAGUACACCAUACAAUACAAUACAGGUACAGCAUACAAUACAAUACAGGUACACUCUACAAUACAAUACAAGUACACCAUACAAUACAAUACAGGUACACCCUACAAUACAAUACAGGUACACUCUACAAUACAAUACAAGUACACCAUACAAUACAAUACAGGUACACAAUGCAAUACAAUACAGGUACAGCAUACAAUACGAUACAGGUACACCCUACAAUACAAUACAGGUACACUCUACAAUACAAUACAGGUACAGCAUACAAUACAAUACAGGUAUAUUAUACAAUACAGGUACAGCAUACAAUACAAUACAGGUACAGCAUACAAUACAAUACAGGUACAGCAUACAAUACGAUACAGGUACAGCAUACAAUACAAUACAGGUACACCCUACAAUACAAUACAAUACAGGUACAGCAUACAAUACAAUACAAUACAGGUACAACAUACAAUACAAUACAAUACAGGUACAGCAUACAAUACAAGUACACCAUACAAUACAAUACAGGUACACCCUACAAUACAAUACAGGUACAGCAUACAAUACAAUACAGGUACACAAUGCAAUACAAUACAGGUACAGCAUACAAUACGAUACAGGUACACCCUACAAUACAAUACAGGUACACUCUACAAUACAAUACAGGUACACCAUACAAUACAGGUACACUCUACAAUACAAUACAGGUACAGCAUACAAUACAAUACAGGUACACAAUGCAAUACAAUACAGGUACAGCAUACAAUACAGGUACACUCUACAAUACAAUACAGGUACACCAUACAAUACAGGUACACCAUACAAUACAAUACAGGUACACCAUACAAUACAGGUACACUCUACAAUACAAUACAGGUACACCAUACAAUACAGGUACACUCUACAAUACAGGUACAGCAUACAAUACAAUACAGGUACACAAUGCAAUACAAUACAGGUACAGCAUACAAUACGAUACAGGUACACUCUACAAUACAAUACAGGUACAGCAUACAAUACAGGUACACUCUACAAUACAAUACAGGUACACCAUACAAUACAGGUACAGCAUACAAUACAAUACAGGUACACUCUACAAUACAAUACAGGUACACCAUACAAUACAAUACAGGUACAGCAUACAAUACAAUACAGGUACACCAUACAAUACAAUACAAUACAGGUACACUCUACAAUACAAUACAGGUAUAGCAUACAAUACAAUACAGGUACAGCAUACAAUACAAUACAGGUACACCAUACAAUACAAUACAGGUACAGCAUACAAUACAAUACAGGUACACCAUACAAUACAAUACAAUACAGGUACACCAUACAAUACAAUACAGGUACAGCAUACAAUACAAUACAAUACAGGUACACUCUACAAUACAAUACAGGUACAGCAUACAAUACAAUACAGGUACACCCUACAAUACAAUACAGGUACACCAUACAAUACAAUACAAUACAGGUACACUCUACAAUACAAUACAGGUACACCAUACAAUACAAUACAGGUACAGCAUACAAUACAAUACAGGUACACCCUACAAUACAAUACAGGUACAGCAUACAAUACAAUACAGGUACAGCAUACAAUACAAUACAGGUACAGCAUACAAUACAAUACAAUACAGGUACACUCUACAAUACAAUACAGGUACAGCAUACAAUACAAUACGGGUACACCCUACAAUACAAUACAGGUACACCAUACAAUACAAUACAGGUACACCCUACAAUACAAUACAAUACAGGUACACUCUACAAUACAAUACAGGUACACCCUACAAUACAAUACAAUACAGGUACAGCAUACAAUACAAUACAGGUACACCAUACAAUAAAAUACAGGUACACCCUACAAUACAAUACAAUACAGGUACAGCAUACAAUACAAUACAGGUACAGCAUACAAUACAAUACAGGUACACCCUACAAUAAAAUACAGGUACACCCUACAAUACAAUACAGGUACACCCUACAAUACAAUACAGGUACACCCUACAAUACAAUACAGGUACACCAUACAAUACAAUACAAUACAGGUACACUCUACAAUACAAUACAGGUACAGCAUACAAUACAAUACAGGUACAGCAUACAAUACAAUACAGGUACAGCAUACAAUACAAUACAGGUACACCAUACAAUACAAUACAAUACAAUACAAUACAGGUACAGCAUACAAAACAAUACAGGUACACAAUACAAUACAAUACAAUACAGGUACAGCAUACAAUACAAUACAGGUACACAAUACAAUACAGGUACAGCAUACAAUACAAUACAGGUACAGCAUACAAUACAAUACAGGUACACCCUACAAUACAAUACAAUACAGGUACACCCUACAAUACAGGUACACCCUACAAUACAGGUACAGCAUACAAUACAGGUACAGCAUAGAAUACAGAUCCAGCAUACAAUACAAUACAGGUACAGCAUACAAUACAAUACAGGUACACCCUACAAUACAGUACAGGUACAGCAUACAAUACAAUACAGGUACAGCAUACAAUACAAUACAGGUACAGCAUACGGUACAAUACAGGUACAGCAUACAGCAUACAUCUGUACUGUCUGAUGUCUUGUUCUGUACUGUCUGAUGUCUUGUUCUGUACUGUCUGAUGUCUUGUUCUGUACUGUCUGAUGUCUUUCUUUUUGUCCUGUCUGAUGUCUUUCUUUUUGUCCUGUCUGU